AUGGCACCAGACAGGGGACAAGGCGAUGGAGCGACUGUCGCCCUAUCUGCAGAAGUCGAAGAGUUAUCUAUUACGGACGACAAACCAAGUGAUGCGCAAAGCACCAAGACGAGCCACGAACCUGUCUUGACCACAAUCCCACCACAUCUUUCUCACGAUCCAGCUACGAACGCGAAACGAACAGACCCCUUUCAAUUCGGCCAGCGCUACCUCAACGACCAAGAAGAUGUCUUUGAGUAUAAUGCUUGGGACCAUGUAGACCCUGACGAAGAACACCUGAAAUUUACCGAAGAACAGUACGCCAAACAACGAGCUGCGCCUGUCUCGGACUUCGAUCGCGAAAGGUUCAAUACACAACCGGAGAAGUGGUGGGACUUGUUCUACAAGCAAAAGAGCACUACGUUUUUCAAAGACCGCAAAUGGCUAGUACAAGAAUUUCCGGUGCUAGGCGAUGUGACCAAGGCUGAUGCAGGACGAAAAGUCGUGCUUGAGGUGGGUGCUGGUGCUGGUAAUACUGCAUUUCCUAUCAUGAGGAUUAAUGCCAAUCCAGAACUACAGGUCGUUGCUGCGGACUUCAGCAAACGUGCCGUUGAGACGAUGCGAGAGGCACCAGAUUAUGCUGAAAUCGCAGAAGGAAGAGAUGGACGGCUAGGCAAGAUGAGAGCCGAAGUCUGGGAUGUUGCAGGCGAGUCACUCCCCGAAGGUAUGGAAGAAGAAAGCGCGGAUGUGGUAGUCAUGAUAUUCAUCUUCUCUGCACUAAACCCUAGGCAAUGGCAGCAGGCUGUAAGGAACAUUUUCAGACUGCUGAAACCGGGUGGUGAAGUAUUGUUUCGAGACUAUGGUCGAGGAGACCUGGCUCAGGUACGCUUCAAAACCGGACGCUGGAUGGAGGAGAACUUCUAUGUUAGAGGCGACGGUACACGUGUAUACUUUUUCGAGAAGGACGAGUUACGACGUAUCUGGGCUGGGGACGAUACUGGUGAUAUAAUGGGUGGGUCGGACGAGCGAUCUGACGUGUAUCAGCAUGGAGCCAAGAUUCAGGAACCGAGGAAAAAUGCUGGGGAUGACGGCAUGACCGAUAUGACCUUUCCUCGCUUUGAUAUCCUGAAUUUGGAUAUCGAUCGCAGGUUGAUUGUGAACCGACAACGACGCAUCAAAAUGUAUCGUUGUUGGAUACAAGGGAGGUUCAAGAAACCGCUGCAGUCAUGA